AUGACCGAAGAACUGGCUGAACCGCUGAAAGAGGAGGAGAAAGGGUACAGAGACGCUUCAAUCGCUCCUUUGAUUCCGGAGUUUAUAAUUCCGGUAAUCUCUUCUUGCGUAAAUAUUUUUGAAUUUCUUCAUUCAGAAAGACCAACUUCCAGUGGAAGAUUUUAAGGAAGACAGGAAGCCUAAAAACGAAAGACGGGGAAUAAACAAAAAUAGAAGGUAUACGUUUUCCUAUCUUCCAACUAUGAGUUCCAGAAAGGAGAUGAAACACGCGGAAACAAAUGUUCGAGCUAACUCUUUGCGCCUGUGUCCCUCUGUCAUUCAACCUGUCGCUUGCAAGUAAUUUUGCUUUUUUAAAAUAUCUUGUUUUGUUCUUUUUUUUUCCAGGUUUGGCGAGAAGUGUACAAGCGAGCACGACAUAAAAAGCAUUCUUAGAGAGUAAUUAUUUAUCAAGUUUUUCGAAUGAAUUCUUUUUUUGAGAAAAACAACCGGAUAUAGCCGACGAAUGUCCAGUUUUCAUCGCUCGAGGUCUUUGUCCCUUCAGUUACGCGUGCAGAUUCGGCAACGCUCACAUGGAUUCCAAGGCCGAGCAAAUCGAAAAAGUUCUCCCUAUCAAAAUUCUAAAAAUAAAUUUUUACGUCUCAGACACCUGAAAUCGAAUAUUCGCCAACCCUAAACACCUCAUCCAUUCAAAUACAAAUGGCUUUGCGAAAAAAAGAAUUUGAUUUUGGUCGAUGUGAAGAGGUGGGCUUUUUUUUCGGUUGGAGGUCCUACGACGACGUUUCAGGCUCUGAAAAUGUUCAAAGAAGAAAAAUUGGGUUCCAUGGAAUCGGAACCGCGCAAGUUGAGUAUGGAAUCUCUCUCCGGCCUGAAAUACUUAGCUCCUCUGACCACUGUCGUUAGUUUUCGCUCUAAGGUUUUCCGUUAAUUUAGUUCUUCUAUUCAGGGGAAUUUGCCAUUUCGAAGGCUUUGUGUCGAGUACGGCGCUGAUAUAACUUGUAGCGAAAUGCUCAUUGCCACUAAUCUCCUCAUGGGUAAUUCUUUGAUCUUUUUCUGCCAGUUGAUCCUCAGCUUCUUCCACUGAUUUGUUGGGUUGAGUUUUCAUACACCACGCUGUUUUCGUUUCGGAGAAAAAAAAAGAACUGUGUGCGUUGCAGGGUCACCGUCAGAGUAUGCUCUUUUGAAAAGGCAUCCUUGUGAAAAGAUUUUCGGCGUGCAGUUGGCCGGAGGAUACGCGGACACAAUGUCCAAGGCGGCUCAGAUUAUCGUCGACAAUUAUGAGGUCUGUUCCGGAUAUCAUUUAAAGUCCAUUUUACUCUCUUCAGGUUGACUUCCUCGACAUCAACAUGGGUUGUCCUAUCGACUUGAUCAACCAGAAAGGCGGCGGAUGCGCUUUACCCACUCGACCAACAAAAAUGCUCGAAAGUAUCUUUAUUCUUCGAAAUAUCUCGCAAAGAAGGUUAUUUCAGCGAUAGCAACGAUGAAAAAGGUGAUGAAAGGAUGUCCCCUGACAGUGAAGCUCCGAACAGGCCUGAAGGAAGGAAAUCUCAAGGCGCAUGAGACUGUCGCCCUGAUGAAGAAGGACGAAAUGACGACGCCUGAUUUGAUCACUUUUCAUCCCAGGAGCAAGUGAGUUCCACUUUUUACCUUGGUCUUUCAACGGCUUUCCAGAGAACAGCGGUACUCACGUCUGGCUAACUGGGAUUUUACCUUUCCGGUCGCUCAGGAAGCCGGAAAAACACCUUUUUGGGCUUGUGGCGACGUGCUCAGCUGGGAGGAUUACUGCGAGGUUUCAGCUCACUGUUUAGACAAUAAUAAAAUUUCCUCGUUUCAAGCGGCUCGAAACCUACCCGAUUCAAGGAGUUAUGAUCGGUCGAGGAGCUCUGAUCAAGCCCUGGAUCUUCACGGAGAUCGACGAACGCAGAACUUGGGACAUAAGCUCGAAGGAAAGAUUUGAUAUGCUGACAAGGUGACCUUCAUCUUUUUCUUCGAACUUCUUUUUGUCAGAUUCGUCGGUUAUGGACUGGACCAUUGGGGGAGCGACGACUCUGGUGUCGAGAGAACUAGAAAGUUUCUCUUAGAGUUACUUUCUUUCCAAUGCAGGUAGAAAUUUCUGUGACGAACCUUCUUCUACUUUCUGAGUUCAUUCGCAGAUACAUUCCCGCCGGAAUCCUCGAAGUUCUGCCGCAAAAGAUAAACGAUCGACCGCCCCGUUACCGAGGCCGUGACGACUUGGAAACGCUGCUCUCUAGCCCUAGAGCUGAAGAUUGGGUAUUACUUUCCUCUGUCUUCAGGGUUUCACCAGUCUCCUUCAGAUUGCUAUAUCGAAAAUGUUGCUUGGUCCGACGCCCGAAGGCUUCACUUUCAUACCCAAACACAAAGCUAGCUCAUAUUGA